UUAUUUUAUGUUGGGUUGAUGGGGUUUCGGCAUCCUUAAUAUUGACUACACCGACAAUUAAUAAAGCCAGCUGCCUGGUAGAGAAUGAACCACCGCACAAGGCGCCGACCAGUUCCACGCGCAGGAUCCUUUUCUACGCUCCCAAGACCUAGUAAUAGAGCGUGAACGGUCGGCAGCGAGUGGCUUCCCUGUAGCUUGAUGAGACAGCAAUACCUCCGCUAAAUCUGCUGCCGAAUCAGUCCUAACUAAAUUUAGCAAUCCGGACCAACAAUGGUGCACUGAGAAAAAUCUUCAGGGAUCUGUGGGUUUCAAGCUUGUAAAUUACACAUACAUUGAUUCUGUAUCUAUCGAUCUAUAUAUGUCUCGGCAACAACACUAUGAAUUUCAAGAAUGGUGGAACAAACAGAGAGAAAAUCACAGUAGUGAACUAUUAUUCAACGAUAAAUCUGAAACCCCCAAUUUUUUGGCGGUUGAACUUGGUAGUGCCGUCGGCAAUCACGAUCUGAGAGUUGAUAAAGAGCGAACGCGAAGUGCUCGACAAAUCAAGCACGUAUGGCUGUUAAAAUUGAUUCAGAUAGCUAGUUCGCUUGCUUAUGUUACCACGGGCUUCGUUUCGUUAGUAAAGACUGUGAACCGACGGAUCAGCGCUGAUUCGCCGUCUGAAAGGUUGUUGUAUCGAUUUGAGACGCGGUUUUAUCGAGUUAUUAAGGUGUUUCUGGUGAUUGUAGUGUUGUUGCUAGUGUUUGAGCUACUUGCUUACUCUAGAGGGUGGCAUUUUAGUCCGCCGACGGUUAGGAGAGCGGCGGAUUUAGUGGAGUACGUUUAUGCGCAUUGGCUUGAGAUUAGGGCGAAUUAUUUGGCACCACCUUUGCAGAAUUUGACGAAUGUUUGUAUUCUUCUGUUCUUGGUACAAUCGGUGGAUCGGUUGCUUUUAGUGCUCGGAUGUUUUUGGAUCAAGUUCAAGAGGAUUAAGCCGGUUGCUGAAUUCGAGUAUUCUUCGGAUUCCGGUGAUGUCAACGUGGAGGAUUAUCCGAUGGUGUUGGUGCAGAUUCCAAUGUGCAACGAGAGGGAGGUCUAUCAACAAUCUAUUUCAGCAAUAUGCGUCCAGGACUGGCCUCGAGAAAGAAUGCUUGUACAGAUUCUUGAUGAUUCUGAUGACACAACUGUUCAGGCCCUUAUCAAGGUGGAGGUUAGCAAAUGGCAACACAGAGGUGUACAUAUAGUAUACAGACAUCGACUUGUUCGCACAGGCUACAAGGCAGGAAAUCUCAAGUCAGCCAUGAAUUGCGAUUACGUAAAAGAUUACGAGUUUGUAGCAAUAUUUGAUGCAGACUUUCAACCAGCACCGGAUUUCCUGAAGAAAACACUCCCACAUUUUAAGGGAAACGAUGAGCUAGCAUUGGUCCAAACAAGAUGGUGUUUUGUAAACAAGGACGAAAAUCUGCUUACAAGGUUGCAAAACAUAAAUUUGACGUUUCAUUUUGAGGUUGAACAACAAGUGAAUGGAGUUUUCAUCAAUUUCUUUGGUUUUAAUGGAACUGCUGGUGUGUGGAGGAUCAAAGCCCUUGAGGAUUGUGGUGGAUGGUUGGAGAGAACAACUGUUGAAGACAUGGAUAUUGCUGUCCGUGCUCAUCUUGCAGGCUGGAAGUUCAUAUAUUUGAAUGACGUCAAGUGUAUGUGUGAGCUCCCGGAAUCAUAUGCAGCAUAUAAGAAGCAGCAACACAGGUGGCAUUCGGGUCCAAUGCAGCUCUUUCGAUUGUGUUUUAUGGACAUUAUCCGUUCAAAGGUGAGUUUCUUGAAGAAGGCUAAUUUGAUCUUCCUUUUCUUUCUGCUACGAAAGCUCGUUCUUCCCUUCUACUCAUUCACUCUUUUCUGCAUAAUUCUUCCAUUGACCAUGUUCCUGCCAGAAGCUCAAUUACCGGCUUGGGUAGUAUGUUACAUACCCGGGAUCAUCUCUGUCUUAAAUAUCCUGCCUGCACCUCGUUCAUUCCCAUUUAUCGUCCCUUACCUUCUCUUUGAGAACACCAUGUCCGUUACCAAAUUCAACGCUAUGAUAUCCGGACUUUUCAAGUUGGGCAGUUCUUACGAAUGGGUAGUAACUAAGAAACUAGGCCGAUCCUCUGAAUCAGACCUUUUAGCCUGUGCUGAAACAGAAGAAGAAACCCCUAUCCACAGAUCCUCUUUGGAGUCGAGUCUUUCAGAUUCGAGAAAGAAACGGAAAAACUGUCUGUAUAGGAAGGAACUUGCUCUUGCCUUCAUUUUGUUAACAGCCUCCCUGAGAAGCUUGUUAUCUGCCCAAGGUAUUCACUUCUAUUUCCUACUGUUUCAAGGGGUUACUUUUCUAGUGGUGGGUCUGGAUUUAAUUGGGGAGCAGGUUAGUUAAUGAAAAAUAGAAGUAGUUCAUUACAACAACACAGUUUUUUGGAUUAGUCUGUUUGAGAUGAGGCCUAUUCUAUAUGUAUAUAGAUAUAGAUAUAGUUCCGAGCCGUGUGGUGUAAGUCUAGUUCAGUCAUUGGAGAAGGUUUAGAGUGUUAUGUAACAUUUAUGCAGGCCUUUUAUUGUUAGGAAUAGAAGAGAGGUGGAUAUUCUUUAUUUGAUAACGUAUGUGUGUUAUCAGUAAUAAUUUGUUUCAGUAUAUAACGGAAUUGGAACAUGUUCAGUC